GAUACGUAGGCAAAACAUGGAGAAUUAAAGCUUGUUCUAGUGACUGUUGAAUAUCUUAACUUAAAUCAUUAUUAUUUUCAUCUAAUUGAUAAACAACAAUGUGGAAUGUUCUCAGUGAAGUGACUUUUUUCUGAAGAGAAAGGAGUAGAGUGAUGACACGCUCUGCAUAUUUCCAGUUCAAUCCCUUUCAAAUUGGAUUAAUUUCGAAUAUCAGUGUGCAGACGACAUACGCCCAUUUCACAGAAAGAUAAAAAAGUCUCUGAUGUUAUUAAAAAAACGUUUUGAAUAAAAGUUUAAGAAACAUCGAGAUAUCAUGAAGUAUCAACAUAAAUGUUAAUAAAAAUAUGGAGAGGACAGUACCAAAGUGGCUUCAGGACUUAUCAAGUAAUGACAGGAAGCAAAUACAGCCCUAUUCCGCAGAGGGCAUUCUUUCACGACCUAAUGAGAUUGAUGGGGAUAAUUUGCUAUCACUUAGAAGUGAAUCAGCUAGACAAGGCAGAAGAGCUUCAUCAUCUGCUGGAAAUAGUCCUCAUAGUCCACUCAGUCCUUCUAAUAAGUACCGUGGUGAAUCACGCUUCAAUUCAGAGAGCUCCAGAAGGGAACGCCUUCGAGGUGUUCGUGCUGAUUGGGAUCAGUUGUCACUACAAGAUUUGUGGGAUAAACCGAAUAGAAAUCGAUGGCUGCAAAGUUUACGCUCAGGAAAGUCAGUGGAGGAAGAAAGAUCUGAUCAACUGUUUCCAGGAAGAUCGAACUGGGCAAGUAGAUCAGCAGAGGUUGAUGAUAGGAGACUUCAAGAACCUAUUCAGUCAAAAGACCAGCACCCUGUGAAAACUCAACAAGACCUUGAAGAAUCGUGGAAUGUUUUACACACAUUUAACCAAAAGCAAAGGGGAAGAUUAACAAUCACGACAUCCCGGGAUAUUGAUCCAAGUGGUGAUCUAAAAGAUGACAGUCCACUUGAAUGGCCUAUUAGCCAUCUUGAUCGUCGAAAAUCUAGCACGAGUCUGGAACACAAUCUCAGAUCUGAUUCUAGAAGUAAUGCAUAUUCAUCACGAGAUUUUAUCAUCCCUGAACUUCCAUCUGGAAGCAAACUAACUAUUGAUAUUUUGAGCACAUGGGGAGAUCGCCAUUAUCUUGGAUUGAAUGGCAUAGAAUUAUUCACAAAAGAUGGUCUCCCUCCACAAAUUGCACGGAUCUGGGCUUCUCCUGCUGAUAUAAAUAUUUUACCAGAAUACAAUGGAGAUCCAAGAGUUGUAAGGAAUCUUGUUGAUGGAGUUAAUCGCACAAGAGAUGAUUUGCAUCUGUGGCUUGCUCCUUUUACACCUGGUUCUCACCACUACAUAUAUGUGGAAUUUAGUGUCCCAUAUACUAUAGCAAUGUUGCGAUUAUGGAAUUACAACAAAUCUCGAAUCCAUUCUUUUAGAGGUGCUAAAGAUGUAGAAAUAUUUCUAGAUGAAGUACUUAUAUUUCGUGGGGAAAUAGCUCGUGCUUGUGGUGCUAUUCAAGGAAGUACUGAUGCAUUUGGUGAUACAAUUCUGUUCACUACUGAUGACACAAUUCUGGAACUUAUUUCAAAAUAUGACAGAUCAUUUGAUAGUAGUGUUACAUACAGUCAAGGAAACAUUUCAUCAGUGCAACCUUAUGAAAGGCCUCCAACAGCUGAUUGUUCUGAGUCAGUUCGUCCUUUUACCUCAACAAUCAUAGGCAGCACUCCAAAUGUAGUAGAUGAAACCAAUGGGGUCCAGAGAUGGGGUCCACAACCUACUAAAAAAAUUCAGCAGCAGUUGGAUAUUUUUCUUCUCAGUAACUGGGGCCACCCAUCGAUUAUCGGGUUGACUGGACUAGAGAUUAUGGGACCCUCUGGUACUCUUAUUCCAAUCUCCCCACAGGACAUUCAAAGUGACGAAAACCGUGUUCACCUGCACAGGCUUCUUGAUGGUGAAAACUGGACAAUGGAUGCCACUCACAUGUGGAGCUUUGAAUUCAAAUCAAAGCCUAUAAUACUAUCCAUUAGAAUUGGAGCAGAACAUGAAGUUACUGGUGUUCAUAUCUGGAAUUACAAUGCUUCACCAGAACUAACAUCUUGUGGGGUUCGAGAACUUCAACUGCGGAUAAGAGGAAAAUUAAAAAGUGAAGUGUUCAUAGUUCGUAGAGCGCCAGGAAAUUUACAUUAUAACUUUGGUCAAGUUUUGCGUCUAGAAAGAAAGGGCUUAACAACAACUAAAACAAGUGCUUUAUCCUCUCCAUCCUUAUCAUUAACUCCAAGUAUUGUACCAGAAGAUGAAUAUGAGCACACUGGUGUUCCAACUGGUCUGAUAUUCACUUUACUCAUUUUUUCCACAUGGGGUGACCCUUAUUAUGUUGGUCUAAAUGGCAUUGAGUUUUAUGAUGCAGAAGGAUAUCGAAUUUCACUUGGUUUUCAAAAUGUUGCUGCUCACCCGGAAAGUGUCAACAUUCUUGAAGGAUCUGAAAGGGAUGUUCGAACACCCGAUAAGCUUAUAGAUGGAGUCAAUGACACUUUGGAUGGUCGUCAUAUGUGGCUUGCACCUAUUUUACCUGGCAAGAUAAACAAAGUUUACAUCAUAUUCAAUACUGCCACCACAGUAUCCAUGAUGAAACUGUGGAACUAUGCAAAAACACCCAGUCGUGGUGUGAAGGAGUUUGGUAUAUUAGUUGAUGAGUUACUAGUUUACAAUGGAGUUUUAGAUUGUGUAGAUGGAAAGAGAGGAAGUAUUCCUUACAGAAGUGUUAUCUUUUCUGCUGACCAAACUUUGCUAGCAAGAGAGGCUGAAACACAAACAAGGAGGAGCUCACCUGUAAGUCCAAGAUUGCAGGCAACUUCAAGUGGUCAACCUCGAAUGGCAGACCAGUCAAAGAGGCCAUUUACUUCUUUGCAGCAACGAUCUGGUCAUCCCGGAAAAUAAGACUCGAUACUACAUAAUUUGCUUCAUUUUUACAUUGUUAUGUUUUUCCAGUUUGUAAUGUGUUGGUUUAAUAUUUUGACUUCUGACUGAUGAAGGGCAAGGGCAAUACGCAUACCAAAGAUUUUUUUUUUGUGUGUGUUUUUCUUCGUAAAAGAAAAAGAUUUUAGAUCUUUGUAUUUUUGAAUUUUCUAAUAUUUUUAAAGAAGUUACAUAUGAAUUAUAUGCUACUACCUGUGUUUAUGGGAUGUCAGAA